AUGAUUGAGAAGUCAAAUUUUCCUUAUGAAACUUCAACGUCGCGUUCGUCGGAAGUGGAAGGGAUGAGUAGAACAGAUGGUGGAAGCAACUCUAACGAGGAGUUAGAUGCGAUGGGCGGUGCAAAGACAAAUCGAAGGUGGCGGAGCGGCCAUCGCCAUCGAUGUGGGUGGAGGAGAUAA